AAGGUUAAUUCUAAAGAAAUGCGUAAUAAUUUGUUUUAAACAGAGAAGCUCAAAUUUAUAUAGAUUUAUAUAACUAGUUUUUAAUUUGAACAGCUUUGAACCAGUUCUCUGGUCCCUUAAGAUUAGCAUAUAGGUUAAGAUUACCAUUUCUGCAUCCAUACACUAUCAAUUUCGAUAAUACUUCAUCACCGAUUGAUUCUUGCUAAAGUGGUUUCUCAAUAGCACAAAUUCACAGCAAGUACUUGAGCAUCUAUGGGUAUAAUCAGGAGUUGCUUCUCUUUCAUAGCAGGGACAGUAUGUGGAGCUUACUUGGCUCAGAAUUAUCAAGUUCCUAACGUCACAAAGUUAGCCGACACUGCCUUGUUCAUGGCAAAAGUUGUGGAGGAAAAAUACCGCAAGCCCAAGAAGAGGGAUGAUGAUGAUGAUUAGUGCCUAACAGGUGCUAUAUUGGAAUCAGGUUCUUGUUUAGUUGUCUUUUAAAAUCCUGGAUUAUAGGAUCGAAUGCCUCAAUUAACUAAGCUUUUGGAAAACAUGACUUAGUAGAAGGUUUUUGUCGAAGCAUUCUUAGCAAUUAUGAGCUUAUUAUUUUGUCCUUUCCUAGGGAAACAUUCUCGUUCUUCUGUUGUCUUUCUUGCUCUGAAAUCUGAAUCUUACUCUUAGACACGAGUUAAGAGGUAUCAUAUACUCAGUUUCUUGAAUCUUUGAUCAUAAGUUAGUUAGCUUCAGGCCAGAAAUCUGUUUCAUGGUCAUCAGAGUUGUAUUUAAUAGUAUUCAAUUACAAUUUAUGUCCCUAAUAACUAAUAUUUUAGGUGAUAUUAUCCAUUAUCUGAUGCUUUUAAUGAUUAA